AUGUCUGGUCUCAAGGUCGGCGAGCCGUUCCCCGAGAACGUCUCUUUCCAGUACAUCCCCUACCAGGAGGACACUGCCGACUUCAAGGUCUGCGGUAUCCCCGUCAAGUACGACACCGCCAAGGAGUUCAAGGACAAGAAGGUCGUCAUCGUCUCCAUCCCCGGCGCCUUCACUCCCACCUGCUCCGCCUCCCACCUGCCCGGCUACAUUGAGCACAAGGACGAGCUCAAGGCCAAGGGCGUCGACCAGGUCAUCUUCCUCGCCUACAACGACCCCUUCGUCAUGUCCGGCUGGGGCAAGGCCAACAACAUCAAGGACGACUUCAUUAUCUUCGCCUCCGACCCCAACGCCGAGUUCUCCACCUCCAUCGGCUGGAACCACGGCGAGCGCACCGCCCGCUACGCCGUCGUCGUCGACCACGGCAAGGUCAUCUACGCCCAGAAGGAGUCCGAGCUCCAGGGCCUCGAGGUCUCCGGUGCCGAGCCCGUCCUCAAGGCUCUGUAA